CCUGAAAUAUUUUCUUAGCCAAGCCAAAAGAUCACUUCGCAUUGGAGAACACCAAAGAACAACAGGAAAAAAAAUAAAAUACUCAAGAGCCUAAAAGAAGGAAAAAAGAAAAAAGGAAAAUUCAAAAUCAAAAUGCUCCCAUUUUGUUGUAACGUAAAUGGAAGCAUCCAUAUCCAGCUUUGUCUCAGCUGAAUGUGAUGUUUGUUGACGAUGUUAUCAAUUGAGAUAUUUUUUGUUUACCAGCAAGUAUAUCGUAGCUUCGAUCCGUUGGGUUGAAUAUUGUUUAUAGCAGUUGAAUAUUUGAAGAUUUUCGAGUUCUCCGUUGUAUCGAUGGCUGACUCGACAUCUUUAGAUGCGAUACUGGAAUUUCUGCGAAAGAAUAAAUUUACAAGGGCCGAGGCUGCAUUGCGUGGUGAGCUGAAUAAAUGUUCUGAUCUGAAUGGUGUGGUUCAGAAGCUUACGCUAGAGGAUAAAGAGCUCAGCAGAUCAUUAGAAGAAGCAAAUGGAGGAAAAGUGUCUUUGGAGAUUCUUGGUAUGACCUGUCGAAAUGGUGGGGAGGUUUUCAAGGAGACAAGUUUGAGGAGCAAUGGCGAAAUUCCAAAAGAGCUUAUUGUUAAGGAGAUAGAGUGUGGGAUUGGGAGAAAUGGCACAGAAUGUAACUUGAAAAAUGUUGCUUAUGUUGGCAAGAAGAAGGAACAUAAUGAAUCUGUUGGGACAAACAACAAAACAUUGAGUGUUUGCAACAAUGCCGAGGAUAGUGCGAUUGAUAUGUACUCGUGGAACUACAAUCCCAAUGGUUCUCUUGUGUCUUAUCAGAACAAUGGUCGCACAAGUGCUACCAAGGACUUUUCAGGUUUGGUGCAUAGUGGGAAGUUGCGGUUAAAUUCGUCUGAGGUCUUUGAUAGUGGUAAGGCUAAUGAAAAUUCUGGAGAAGAUGUCAGUUUUUCAGGUGAAAGGAGAACGUCGUGGCCUGGAAAUACCAGCAAAGACAAUGUGGAACCAGAGAAUGAAAGGAGUCAAAAUAGUGAACUCAAAGAGGGCAAUCAUCAGAUUAAACUAAAUGGGGCAUCCAACAAUGUAAUUAUUAGUAACCCUAGGUCAAAAAGUCCUGAAUCGACUAACUCUUCAUCCGAGCCUUGGAAAGAUUGCUCGGCCAAAACUGCUAUUCCAUUCUCUAAAGGAGAUGUUUCGACAAGUUAUGAUCAAAACUUUGGUUCUGGUGGUAACAAAGUAGGUAAAAGCAUAACAAAAGGUAACGACGUUAGGAGUACAAUUAAAGAGCAAGUGGAUGAGGUGGGAAGAGCUUUGUAUCUGGGGAAGAUUCCAGGACGCGAACCAAAAGAUUUCAGCAGCUUAGGCUUUUCGCUUAUAUCUGAGAGUCAGAAAGAAGAACUACCCAGGUUGCCACCUGUUAGAAUCAAGUCAGAAGAGAAGUCCUUCAAUAUUCAUUGGGAGGAAAAGUUUGAACGAGAUGGACCUUGCUCAAAGAUUACAGACGGUGACAAUACAUAUGUCAUAGGUUCAUUUCUAGAUGUUCCUAUUGGACAAGAACUUAGCAAUUCAGGUGGAAAAAGGAUCGGCGGAGGCAGUUGGUUGUCUGUAAGUCAAGGCAUUACUGAGGACACUUCUGAACUUGUUUCUGGUUUCGCAACUAUUGGUGAUGGAUUGAGUGAAUGUGUUGACUUCCCCAAUGAAUAUUGGGAUUCCGAUGAAUAUGAUGAUGAUGACGAUGUUGGCUAUACAAGGCAACCUAUUGAAGAUGAGUCCUGGUUUUUAUCUCAUGAAAUUGAUUACCCUAGUGAUAACGAGAAGGGAACAGGGCACGGGAGUGUUGCAGAUCCUCAAAUAGAGCAAAACAGAGACGAUGAUGAGCAAUCUUUUGCAGAGGAAGAUUCCUACUUAUCAGGUCAGAGAUAUUCUCAAUCAAAGAAUGUUGGUCCAGUUGGGCCUUCAGAUGAAGAAAUGAAUUUGAUGUGCACAGAGCCUGUUUGGCAGGGACUUGUCGCUCAAACAGAUAAACUUGUCAUGUUAAGGAAUGAUAGAGCCUCGAACAAGGGUGAAAGGCCCCGAUUGCAUGAUAUUUGCAUGGACGGUGAUCAGCAUGGUUCAGUUAGGUCAAUUGGUGUAGGUAUUCACAGCGAUACUGUUGACAUUGGUAGUGAGGUGCGUGACAGUUUCGUUGGAGGGAGUAGUGAGGGGGAUAUAGAGUAUUUCCACGAUCAUGAUGCCAGUAUUGGUGGGGCCAGACACAUACCCCCUGAUUCAGAUAAGCCUUAUUCUGAGAUAAGAAACAGAGAUGAGAGAUCAGCUGAGCAGAGAUUUGACAAGUUUGGCACUGGUACUUAUGAAGGAGGAUCGGUACAAACAAAUCACUUACAUGGGGGAUUCUCAUUUCCCCCUCCCAGAGAUGGGCAGUUGAUUCAGACAAGCUCAGGUAAAUCUUUAUGGUCAAGCAAGGGCAAUACCAUUAUAACUGAUGAGGCUCGUGACAGUCUGAUGGCAAAUGAUGACAUGUUUGGCUCUUUGAGGCGCAAAAGCAACGAGUCCUCGCCUAUUAAGAGCUCGAGAGACGAAAGCAACCAAAUUGCUGCAGGAUCAGUAAAUUCUAGCUCUUCAUCUCUUUCAAAUUAUGGUUAUGUAGAACGGGAGCAUGUGAAGAAAGAAGAGGGCACACAAAAAGCCAGUGCAAGAGAGGAAGAUUUGGAAGCAUCAUUGGAGGAUGAGGAAGCAGCUGCUGUUCAGGAGCAAGUAAAGCAGAUCAAGGCGCAGGAAGAGGAAUUUGAAACUUUUGAACUAAAGAUUGUGCAUAGGAAAAACAGAACUGGAUUUGAGGAGGACAAAAAUUUCCAGGUUGUUUUAAAUUCAGUUAUAGCUGGACGAUAUCAAGUAACUGAGUAUCUUGGAUCUGCUGCAUUCAGCAAAGCAGUUCAAGCACAUGAUCUUCAUACAGGCAUGGAUGUCUGUGUGAAGAUUAUAAAGAACAACAAAGAUUUUUUUGAUCAGAGUCUUGAUGAAAUAAAGCUUCUCAAAUUUGUCAACAAGCAUGAUCCUGCCGACAAGUACCACCUACUUCGGUUGUAUGAUUACUUCUAUUAUCGAGAACAUUUGUUAAUUGUAUGUGAACUACUUAAGGCCAAUCUGUAUGAGUUCCAUAAAUUUAACAGAGAAUCUGGUGGAGAAGUCUACUUUACUAUGCCAAGACUGCAGUCAAUCACUAUUCAGUGUUUAGAGGCUCUUCAGUUCUUGCAUGGCCUUGGGCUCAUACAUUGUGAUUUGAAGCCUGAAAACAUAUUGGUGAAAAGCUACAGUAGAUGUGAGGUGAAGGUAAUUGAUCUGGGUAGCAGUUGCUUCGAAACAGAUCAUCUUUGUUCUUAUGUCCAGUCAAGAUCCUACCGCGCACCAGAAGUUAUUUUGGGGCUUCCUUAUGAUAAAAAGAUAGACGUCUGGUCCCUUGGCUGCAUCUUGGCAGAACUUUGCACGGGCAAUGUCCUUUUUCAGAAUGACUCUCCCGCCACGCUGCUUGCUAGGGUAAUUGGUAUCAUAGGUCCGAUUGAUCAAGAGAUGCUCGUCAAAGGACGAGAUACUUACAAAUAUUUCACCAAAAAUCACAUGCUAUAUGAACGAAAUCAGGAAACAAACAGAUUGGAAUACUUAAUACCCAAGAAGACAUCCUUGAGGUAUCGAUUACCGAUGGGAGAUCAAGGUUUUAUUGAUUUUGUGGCUCAUCUUUUAGAAGUUAACCCAAAGAAGCGACCUUCUGCUUUAGAGGCUCUAAAACACCCAUGGCUAUCAUAUCCGUACGAGCCAAUAUCGUCAUGAAUUAUUUUCUCAGGCAACUAAAGUUUUUCUAUUGCUUCGAUUUGGAUUCUCCACUGAUGACAUGAAGAAAGUCCUCCACGUCGGGUUCCUCCAGGUUGGGUUGUAUUUCUAUUUAACGCAAUUGAGCGUUUUGUAACAUUAGGAUUUUUUGUUUCUUGCUUUUGUCUUUGUUUCAUCGAAGGAAAUGCGUUCUCUUUGUACAUGAUGUCUGCUCAUUCUUUUUACGUAUUUAGUGUAGCUUGUGAAAUAGCCGCUUCUCCAAUUUUUUUUUGGAGUUCGCUCGGUUGCUGUAAUGUACCAUGAACAGACGUAUUUCGCGAAAUAUAAUGCAAAAUGCUACUUGUUGAUA